AACGAUCGAUGAUCGAUCGUGUAAAGUGGACGAAACGGAACUAGUUCCCAGUCUCUGUCUGUAACGAGUCUGCGUUCAUUCUCUGUUCCUUUCGCAAAUUGUGCCGCCCUUCGAACUCGCUCCUGGAUCUGCAGCCGCCGGAGGUGAAUUCUUUUUACGUUCUUUAUUCCCUCGAAAUUGAGGGAGAGUCGCUUCCACCUGCUUUUAAUUGUUGCCGGAAUUUCGAGCGGCGAAGAAAGUUGGUUCUGGAUAUAUCAUCUUUUGAUACUUGAUUUGAUUUGAGAAUCCGACGAAAUUAGAUCUCCUGAUCCACCGAAAGAUCGAAGAGAGAGAUGCUGGUAUUGGCUCUCUGUUGCGACAAGAUUGCGAACCUGUAGCAGAAUAGAAUAGCGAUCACCUUGAAGAGUGGAUCUGUCGCUGGCGGCUGCUGACACAAGUGAUCGUUUGGGAAUUAGAUAAAGAAAACAGAAAUGGAAGGAUGUACAGCUCGGCUGAGCUGCACACCUCUCGCGAUUGGAAGUUGCUUACCAGGACGUAGCGGAGUCUUGAGGGGAUCAGGAAAAGGUGUAGAGGCAUCAGGAGGCAGUGGGAGGAAAGUGAGGAGGACACAAUUACGGUGCGCGUACAGUUCUGGUUCUAGUCGCAGUGAUGAUGCCAUGGGUGGAGACCCGAGGGUCCAGCAGAUGCUGGUAGAGAUGGUACAGAUACAACUCGGCAAGGCUCGGAUGAAUGACUUCGUCGACGAAAGGUCAGAGUACAUGAGGAUGAUUGCAGAUGAAGCACAGCGGGAAUAUAAUCGUAUUGCUAUGCGUACGAUGAAGGGUCUAGAUGCUACCGGUAGCAGGGUUCUUCGCCAGUUAGAUCAGGAUGCGUAUGCAAUUGAGCGUGAGUUGAGAAUCGCGGGUGCUGAAUUGGAGGCACAGGAAAAGGAGUUCGAGGAGUAUCAGAUUCGGUCCACAUAUUCCAGAAACGAGGGACUUUUUUUCAAGAAUCUGUAUGAGGCGCCUCUCCCUCUGCGAAGCCGAUCAACCCUAUAUCAGCCAAAAUUGAAGAAAGUGACCAUUGUAACGUCGCCCAGUAGAGAUUUUACCACCAGCUACAGGCAGAUACUGUACGGGGGGUUAUCGUUAGUUAUCGUUUCAUUUAUUUGGAGUUCUAGCUCAGCUUUUGUUGCAGGAUCGAUGAUGCGGGUUUCCAAGUUUGCUUCAUAUGGCAUCAUCCUGUCUAUGCUUAUGACUCAAUUGGCAUACGUGAGACUCUUGACCGGCGAUUUGGACAUCGAGGAAUCAGUUAGAUCUGACACUAAGUUGGAGGAAAAGCCCAGUAAGUCCGAUAUACAGAACUGAUGACCGAAUACAAGGUUCAUCUUUGGUUAUAGCUGGUUCCUUGUAAAUUCUGUAGGCAUUCUUUUGUACAGGAUUUUAGCGCUUCCGAUGCUAGAAUUUAUUUAUUGGAAGUACAGUAACCGAUUACGGUAUUGUGCCUGUUUGUAAAUUAUCUGAUCCUUAAAUGUUAAAUUCAAUUUAAAGUAGUAAGUACUAUCUGGG